UCGUUUCUUAUUCGACGUCGGUACGACAUAGUAUUCCCAAGUUUAAUGGUCGAGCCAACUGAUCUGACGGGGGCUUUCUAUCUUAACUGCUUGAAUCAGUUUAUCACAGAGUUGUCCGAAGCAUGUUUACAGAGGACUUCAAAAUUUUCCAGUAAUAGACAUCGGAAACUUCAGCCGUUUAGGGAAACGUGAGGCAAUCACUGACACCACUCAAUUAGGCGCCCGUUAUCUUUUACAAAUUAUUCAAAUUUAAUGAGAGAUUUCAUCCUUUCCAUAAUCUGUCAUUCGAUAAAUCAGAUCGCAAAAAAAUUACCAAGUUGGCGAAAAGCAAACACAUAUUGAGAAAAUAACUAGAAAAGAUAUUUUGUGUGCACUUCUGACAUUUUAUACAAAACCAAAAAUCAAUAUUUAUGAUAAAAACAAUUGGCAGCUAUCGAAGAGAAGGCGCGUUCAGGACGUUCGAGGUCCUAUGCAACCAUCCCCAUUUGCGGUGAAUUCUGGGAGGCUGAUAUACUACAAGAUAUUUUUACGUAGAAAAAUAUUUAAGAAAUCAAAACAAACUUCAUGAAUUUUUCAAUAAAGUCGUUAAGCAAUCAAACGCCAUUAACGCCCUCAGCGAUUUGGUAUCGGAACAAGAAAAGAGCAAAUGCAUUAAGCUAAAAGUGCCGUCGAAAUUGCGCAAGAGCACAUGAACGAGUAGAAGUUGUUGUCGUUGAUUUGGAAACUUGCCAACGCAUUUACUGAUAGCGGAGAGUCGUGUCCUGUGAACAUUUGAUUGUUGGAUAUUGAGAACCAAUCGUUAAUAUCGGAAAAAGCAAGACUACAUACCUAGCACAGACCAAAAUUUAUAUUUCCUGGAGAAAACUUGUCUAAAUUUUCAAGAUGGGUACUGUGAAUGUGAACCGUAAUGUGACCGAUGUCUUCUACCGGUACAAAAUGCCACGCAUCAACGCCAAGGUAGAGGGCAAGGGGAAUGGUAUCAAAACUGUUAUCGUGAACAUGGCCGAAGUGGCGAAAGCCAUCGGUCGCCCUGCCACUUAUCCUACCAAGUACUUUGGAUGCGAAUUGGGAGCCCAGACACAAUUCGAUUACAAGAACGAGCGCUUCAUUGUUAAUGGCUCCCAUGAUGCGGCCAAGCUUCAAGACUUGCUGGAUGGAUUCAUUCGAAAGUUCGUCUUGUGUCCGGAAUGCGACAAUCCUGAGACGGACCUUCUUGUCUCUACUAAGAAAGGGACGAUUUCUCAAGGAUGUAAAGCUUGCGGAUUCCAUGGACCGCUUGAAGUGAAUCACAAGGUCAACACCUUCAUCCUUAAAAAUCCUCCAAACAUGGAUCCAGCUUCGCAAGGCUCAUCUUUGACUGAAGGUAAACGCAGCAAGCGUUCCAAAAAGGGUGCAGCUGAAAAUGGCGGAGAUUCAGCGAACACUUCGAUGUCGAACGCAACUUCAGAAGCGGACACUUCGGCUUCGGGUCAAACAGCUGCCGACAUUGACAUCGCAAUUCCUAAGAAAUCGGAUGAAGAUGACGAUGAUGACGGUAAUUGGACUGCUGAUGUUUCCGAGGAGGCAGUUCGUGCUCGCUUGCAAGAUUUGACGGAGGGCGCCAAAAGUAUGACGAUAUCUGAGCUCAGUGAAAAAUCUGAGAAAGAACGCAUGGAUAUUUUCUACGAGACCGUAAAACAGAAACGAGACGCCGGUCAAUUGGACAAUGUACAAGUGCACAAGGAGCUUGCUGUUGAGGCUGAUCGUCUUGACGUUGCUCAGAAAGCGCCGCUUAUUCUCGCGGAGUUACUGUUCUCGGCCAACAUCACCCAGGAGGUUCGGAAAUAUCGCAACUUGUUGCUCCGUUUCACUCACAAUAAUUUGAAAGGGCAGCGCUAUUUGAUUGGUGGCUUAGAACAGAUCAUCGCUCUUCACGCCAACAAAUUGAUGGACAAGGUUGCUGGAAUUUUGAAACUCUUCUACGACAGCGACAUCCUUGAGGAAAAAGCUUUGAUAGAGUGGUCGCAAAAGGUCAGUAAGAAAUACGUGUCGAAAGAGGUAGCAGCUCAGAUCCAUGAGAAGGCAAAACCAUUCAUCCAGUGGCUGCAGGAGGCGGAAGAGGAGGAGUCUGACGAGGACGAGGACGAUUCUGAUGUUGAGAUCGAGUACAAUGAACGAGCUCGCGUUGAACCGCUUAAGAAGGAAACGGUCAAGCCGACUCCGAAGAAGGUUGUGGACGAUGAUGAUGGCGAAGAGAUUGAUAUCGAUGAAAUCUAAAAUAACACAUGUCAAAAGAUACACAAUGCUUUAGAUUAUAAAUCUUGCAAUACAUUACUGAUAAUACUUCCAGUUUCGCUAAUUCCUUUUACAAGUUUUGAAAAUCCUACACUUGAUUUGCUCUUUACACAUUUAGCCCAUUAUUGUACGAUUGAAAUUUUCGCCAAAUUCAAAGUGACUACAAACAUGAAUAUUACUCGUGAGAAUUUGUUUAUAUUUUAUUUUAUUCCUUUUUUCUUCAUUUCAGUUCAAUAAAUUUACUAUAAACGGGA